ACUCCGGGAAAGGUGGAGUACGACCCGCUAGCAUCGAGUGAUAUGUCAACGCGCAGUGCCACUUCUCUCCGCGCCAGACGCGGCCACAAGGAGCGAUCGAAGAACUUCACCGAGCUGGAGAAACGCACGGUGCUCGAGCUGAUAGCCAGACAUAGGGACGUACUCCGCCAGGGUCGGUCCAACAACGCAACCAACAGAAGUAAACAGCUGGUGUGGUCCACGAUCUGCGAGGAGGUGAACAAGCGUUGCGGCGGCGAGCGACCCCGGACCCCCGCGCAAGUCAAGAUGUGGUACGAAAACUAUAAGAAGAAAUGCAAAAUGCGCGCUCACGAUACACAGCAGCCUCCGCAAUCAGACACGUCAAGUCUGCUCGAUGGGAUGCUGUGGCAGAGCAUACAUCCCUUAGACGUCAAAGAGGAAGACGGUGAGCCCACAACUAGCGCGGAAGGGCACAGCAUCAAGGACGACGACUGUGUGCCUGUUAACAUGUCAAACGGACGACUAUCGACAACGAACGACAGCGACGACACGAUUAACGUACUCGAGCCCCAAGUGCAGAUCAUACCGCACUCUUCGCCCUCGCCCCCUCUCGCUCCCGCACACAAGGCCCUCCCCGCCGCCCCCCUCGUCCUCCCAGUCCCCCUGCAGGCCCUAGAACAGGCCAGACUCCAGCAGAACUUCCUACAGAAGCUAAACGAACUAUCGAACACGCCUUUGAACCUGAGCAACUUGGAUGAUACCAGGAAGAACGGACACGAAAAAAGGACGGAAAAAGUGUACCAGUUUUUAUGUUAUGGAUACGAAAGAAUUUUACUCUUAGAAACUUAG